CUUAGGGAAGAGUUGCCCAGAGGACGUGCCCACUUAGCUCCGCCCCUCCAGGCUGUACGUUGCUGGGACGGAUUCACCUGUGCGCGGUCGUCCGUUGGGUGCCAUCUGUGGCCUCGUUGGUAAGUCUAAGGCUGGGGAACCUGAAUCUUGCAUUUUCUGAGGACGGCAUCUAGGCUUCAGAGUUCUUACCAGGCAACAUUUGCCAUUUGAGGAUAUCAACUCCAAGUUGUCCACUCUGUUACUUCUCCCUCCUCACCUAACAGUUACUACAGUGAUCUGCCUUUUAAUUUGUUCAGGUCUCUUUGCAAGGAAAUAGACCAACAGCUGUAAUCAGCGGCAGUCCUGUCACACCUUCAUCAUGUUUCCCUUGACCAGAAAUGCACUAAAUCAGUUCAAGAUUCGAAGCAUUCAGCAACUUAGGUCAACACAGAGUCACAAAAAUCAUUCUCAAGAUUUCCAUGAUAGAUACGGUAACACUGUAUUAGCCAGUGGGACUGCUUUCUGUGUUGUUGCAUGGGUGUUCAUGGCCACACAGAUUGGGAUAGAGUGGAACCUGUCUCCAGUGGGAAGAGUCACCCCAAAAGAAUGGAAUGAUGAGUAACCAUCAAAGUUACUGUAACACAAAAUUGUUUCAAAAUCAACUUGUCACUUAAGCAGUCUGCUGCUCAUUAAAAUAUAGCAUAAUUGAAGAAAUAAAAUACAU